CAAUUAAGCCCUGUUUUGUAGGUUUAUGACUUUAUAUAGACGCAGACAGUGCAAGUCUGGUGGUGUCUCAAUCUGAAGGUAUUUUCGUGUGUUCCUGAUAUGCCCGAUAUAAUAAUGCUAACCGACAGCUAGCGUCAACGCUAAACAUGAGCUGUUGGCUCAUUAUCUUGUCCACAUAAACACAAGAGUGGUGUCUAGCAUUGAGUAACGUUAGACGCAAAAGUUCACUUUUAUGACUACCCCGAAGUUGGCUUAACGGUUCACUUUUUUAAGGGGAACUUAAAUGAACGAGCAGCCGAUGAAACCUUUAUUUUAUUUGUGAUUUCGCUGCUUUGUUCUCCUCCAGACUAGCGUUACACGAUGAUAAACACACUAACAUUACACACACUAACAUUAUACUGCGUUAACCAGAGACUCCAACUAGUUUCAGAAUUUGUGAAACCGUUAUUUUUUUAUUUCUUUUACCAUCGUUGCUUGUAGUUGUACAGUUUGAUAUAAAUAGAUUAACCCGAGGUAUUAAGUACAUUUACCAAUGUUGAAGUUGUAUUUAUGAAAUUUACCAGGUAACUCUUGUUAAUGUGCCACGUUUAAUGAAUUGAAUGUGUCCCCUAGUCAGCAACAUGAGUGAGCUGGAGGACGUCAGCCACCACAUUCAUGACAGGAUCUCAUCGGUACACCGCAUGCUGGAUCUGUCAGUGGUCGAAUUGCCUCAAAGAAAGAAACUUGGACAAGAAUUUGUGGCACUCGAGAAACUUCUGGAGGAGUUUGAAAGAUGUGUUGGUCGACAGAAGGAGCAACUAAAGCAGCUGAAGGAACUUGAGGAGACGUUCCAGAAGGACUUGGAGGAUGUCCAGCACCUUAAGGAGAACAUACCUGCACACAUGCCCAGAAAGAAAGGCCCAGCAAAUGGAGGUGAACCCGUACUGACCCAGAAAGAAGCCGCAGAUGUUCAGCCGGCCCAGUCCGAAAACGUCAAAAAGACCAACAAGAGCGUCGUCCGAGAGAUUGAGGUCAUCACCUUGCCAGAGUAUGAGAGCAUCCCACCGUACAUGAAAGGACGCGUGUCGUAUCAUCAACUCAAUGCAGCCGUGCAGAGCAUCAACACGGCUGUAACAGCCAAGUACAAGAUCCUCCGUCAGUCGGCGAAAACUCUCAACAAUCAAGCGCGCAAGCUGCACCAGCGCUUCAAGGACCAGGAGACGAAGGAUACAAAAGGUCAGUAUUUUGUGGUGGACGACGACAUUCGCGAAUUUACUCAGAUGAAGGCAGACAAACGAUUUCAAGGGAUUCUGAACAUGCUGCGACACUGCCAGCGCCUUCGAGAGCUCCGAGGAGGGGGCAUCACCCGCUACAUGCUGCUAUGAAGCAGCAGAUAAUACUGUUUACACAUGUAUAUAAUGUUGUGGUGGAAAUGGUUAGAAGUGAACUUUGCAUGUGUCAACAGCAUUUUAUAUUAUUAAGCUAAACAAAGGAAAAUCCAAAUAAAACUUUGAAUGUUAAUAAAUGCUUUUAAAAUGUCUCUCACGGUUUUAUAUUGUAGCAUGUUUACUCAAGAUGACAACAUGCGGUAAAACAUGUUUAUUUCAAGUUAUGGCAUUCUGUAGAGGUCCUGCCAGUGUUUCUAGGUCAAUAACGUUUAUAUUUUAUUGUUUAACAUAGGCUGGCCUCAAAAUACAUUGUUUUAAUGACUGCAUGCCAAAUGUCAUUUCUAAAUGCGUUGCAGUCCUUCAGCUUAACAAUACAAUAAGGUGAAUGUGUCAUUGCUGUAUUCUUAUUCGUUCAUCGUAUUCAUAAGCAUGAACUCUGCAGUUGAUAGUGUUGAACCCGGAUCCAACCGUCCACCAUGAGCUUCAUAUCGCAUCAUACCAAUGAGGGCGCAAUGCAGGUUAUUCUUAGUCCAAUAACACAAAUUAAUUUUCUUGCAUGAGCACAAUAUGAACAAUCAUUUCUUCAUAAGGAUUCCUUGCAUUAUUAUUUUGAAGAAUUGUGACUGACUGUAACAGACUUGGAAUGGCAUUGAAGGAGACAACUCAGAUGGUAGCUUUCCAGCAUUUAUUCGCUGCAGAAGACAACAUAAAUCACAGUUUCUUGCUGGUCUCACUCUCUUUAUGCAUCCGCUCCCUCAACAGUACGAAACACCACUGUCAGGGCAAGUCGGGACUAACAGCGACAUCAAAUGGACAAAACAAACAACUACAUGAGGUGGAAUGAUUAACAGAACCCGCGAAAAUUAUAACAUUAAACAAAGGAAAAUACAUACCUGCAGAAGACAACAUGAAUCACAGUUUCUUCCUGGUCUCACUCUCUUUAUGCAUCCGCUCCUAAACAUGCAAGACAACAUAAUUCACACAAAGGAAUGCUAAAGUAUCUUUGUCGUUAAGUUAUAUGACAGGGCCUGACGUAAAAGUAAAUGGCGCCAAAAAGGCUAACUGAAACAGCCACUAAACUUAUAUUUUCCACAGUCAAAACGGCACGUAACAGCUUGAUAAGGUCAUCGCCUUAGCAGUUACUAAAGUACGUAGCGUAAACAGUUACAUUCCCGAAGAAAACAACAAAACAGUGCAACAACAUUAUUCCACACAACUUACCCUCAACAGUACGAAACACCACUGUGAGGGCAAGUCGGGACUACGGGGGCUUUGGAGGUACAAAAGAGGCGAGACGCCGCUUCCGCAGGAAGCAUUAACAAAAUAAAAUGCUAAAUAAAAAUAGCUCAUAAAGAUAGAAUUCACACAUACUCAACAGAAUAAUAAAGU